UGACCUUGUUCUGAAUGGUAGACGUCAGUUUCAACCUUAAGAAAGAUAUUUACCUCGCAUAUCCGGCAACGAUGGAUGUCCGGCGAUCCGAUCAAGGAAAAGAAGAACGUCCAGAGCUGCUAGUUAUAGUUCCAUCAUCUGUUUUCAUUGUCUACGAACAACAAUUCUGCGAAAGGUUCAACGUCCUCAAAGCAUACGAAUCACUUCUCCCGAUCGACGUCUUUCUGAAGACGAAAGCUCAAUCCGCUCAAGCCGUGAUCUGCUACGGAAAAAGCCCUAUCACAGAGGCCAUACUCCGUCUCCUCCCCUCCCUGGGCCUCGUCGUCACCAGCGGCACCGGCGUCAAUCACAUCGACCUCGCCGAGUGCCGCCGCCGCGGAAUCGCCGUCUGCAACACUUCCGAUGUGUUCUCGGAAGACACAGCCGACUACGCCGUCGGCCUCCUCAUCGACGUCCUCCGGAAAGUAAGCUACGGCGAUCGAUUUGUUCGCAGCGGUGUCUGGCCCACCGUCGUCGAUAACUUCCCACUCGGUUUUCAGUUGGGAGGAAAGCAUGUGGGGAUUGUAGGGCUUGGCAACAUAGGCUCAAAAGUUGCGAAAAGGCUGGAGGCCUUCGGGUGCAUUAUAUCCUACAAUUCAAGGCAAAAAAAGCCAGCAGUGCCCUACACCUUCUACCCCAAUGUCUGUGACCUUGCGGCCAACUCCAACAUUCUCGUCCUCUGCUGUUCCUUAACAGCCAAAACACGACACAUGGUUAACAAACACGUCUUGGCAGCCCUGGGAAAGGACGGGAUUCUCAUCAACGUCGCCCGGGGCGCCGUGGUGGAGGAAGAGGAGCUGGUGAGGCGUCUGGUGCGGGGGGAAAUAGGCGGCGCCGGUUUGGAUGUGUUUGAGAAUGAGCCUCAGGUUCCGCCGGAGUUGUUUGGGUUAGACAACGUUGUUGUCAAUCCUCACAGAGGUGCUUUUACUGUUGAGGCGUUUCGUGAAGCUUUUGAGCUCGUAUUGGGUAAUUUAGAAGCUUUCUUCUCCAAUAAACCUUUGGUUUCUCCUGUUGAUUUGGAUGCAUGAACAUGCAAUGCAUGCAACUUGUCCUGCAAUCCAUCUGUGUGUUUUGGCAAUCAUUAUUGUGUGGACCGUGGUUCGAAUUCA